AUGGAUGAAGUUAAAAGAUGGUGGGGAGAUGUACCUCCAAUAACCAAGUUGGUUUGGGGAUCUUCUGUUGGAUUUACAUUGUUGGUCAACUUUGGUUUAAUAUCUGGUUCCUAUGUUGCUUGGGACUUUGAAUUGGUAUACAAAAAGUUUCAAAUAUAUAGAUUGAUCACUCCUUUUUUAUAUAACUAUCUAUCGACUUUGGAGAGAGGAUUCUUUAUGGGUAGAGCUGCUGAUUUAUUAUACAUGUUUUUGGCAUCGUUUGUUGUAUUCUUGGUGGCAGCCACCUUUAUUCGAGAGUUGUCAGUUCUUUCAUAUGCAUUGUUGAUGCUUGUCAUUUAUGUUUGGUCAAGAAUGAACCCAACAGCAGAGGUAUCAUUUAUGUUUGGAUUGAAAUUUAAAGCUGUUUUCCUUCCUUGGGUAUUACUCAUCUUUGAUACACUUACUGGACAUAGUUUUGUGCCAGGUAUUACUGGUAUUACUAUUGGUCAUAUUUAUUAUUAUCUCACUGCAAUCUAUCCAGUUGCCUACAACAAACCAAAUUAUCUUGCAACUCCAUAUUGGGUUAAUAAGCUUCUUCCGCAACACCUAAGACAAAGACCAGGUCCAGCUGGAGGAAGAGCACCUGCUUGGGGAGAUAGAGCUCAACAACCAGGUGAUGCACCAGGAGAAUACCAUUGGGGUAGAGGAAGAGCUCUUGGCUAA